UUUCCCUCCCUCACUCCGGGUGAGCUAGCUAUGUUGUGUUGGUGCAGCCGCAGAAGCCUUUGCUCUUCCACCACUCCAUCCAUCCAUUCCACCGGGAGGAGAGCAGGACCUCUCCUUCCUUUUCCCUCCUCCUCUGCGCUCCUAGGUUAGGAGGAGGGGCUUUUCAAAGGAGAGAGCAAAAGAGAAAGUCCUUGCAUACCCCAACAAGGCAACCCGCUGCUGCCUUUUUCUCCCUCUCCCCUCCCCUCCCCUCCCCCCUUCUCUCUCUCCACCCUCUCUGCUUUCUUGUUAUCUUCAGCCCAGCCAACGAGAGCAGAGCAGAGCCGAGCCGAGCAGAGAGAGGUGGACCGAAACAUCGGACAGCAAGCAGGGAGGGGAGCUAGCCAAGGAAGGACGGCGGGCAUGUGGGAUCUCAAUGACUCGCCGGCGGCCGACGCGCCGCCGCUGUCCCCGUCCGUCGACGACUCCGGCGCCUCCUCCUCGUCGGCCGCCGCGGUGGUCGAGAUACCCGACGACGCCGACGACGACUCCGCCGAGGCCGUCGUCACGCGCCAGUUCUUCCCCCCGGCCGCCCCGGGCGAGGGCGCCGCCGGCAACGGCCGCGCCGCGUGGCUCCGCCUGGCCGGCGCCCCCGCGCCCGCCGUGGCCGCCGCAGCAGCCGGAGGAGGAGGCGGAGGCCCCGCGGCGUCGGCGGCGGCCAAGAAGAGCCGGCGCGGGCCGCGGUCGCGCAGCUCGCAGUACCGCGGCGUCACCUUCUACCGCCGGACGGGGCGGUGGGAGUCGCACAUAUGGGAUUGCGGCAAGCAGGUCUAUCUGGGUGGAUUCGACACUGCUCAUGCGGCGGCUCGGGCGUACGAUCGGGCGGCGAUCAAGUUCCGCGGCAUGGAGGCCGACAUCAACUUCAGCCUGGAGGAUUACGACGACAUCAAGCAGAUGGGCAACCUGACCAAGGAGGAGUUCGUCCACGUGCUCCGGCGCCAGAGCACGGGGUUCCCCCGGGGCAGCUCCAAGUACAGGGGCGUCACCCUCCACAAGUGCGGCAGGUGGGAGGCGCGGAUGGGCCAGUUCCUCGGCAAGAAGUACGUCUACUUGGGGCUGUUCGACACCGAGGAGGAAGCCGCCAGGUCGUACGACCGCGCUGCCAUCAAGUGCAACGGCAAGGAUGCGGUGACAAACUUCGAUCCCAGCACCUACGCCGAGGAGUUCGAGCCCGCGGCUUCGACCGGCGACGCGGAGCAGAACCUGGACCUGUCGCUGGGGAGCUCGGGGGGCUCCAACAAGAGGGGCAGCCUCGACGGCGGCGGCGGCGGAGAAGACGACGGCGCGGCAGGGUCUGACCAGCGCGUCCCCAUGGCCUUCGAGCUCGACUGGCAGACGGCGGCGGCGGCGGCACGGAGCACCAAGGCCAAGUUCGACCAGAACUUGACGCAUCACCAGAUGCCCCCUCCGGCCCUGCAAGCCUCCCACAUGCCCUUCAGUCCCAGGCACCACCAAUUCAUGGGCAACGGCGAUCCGGGGACCGCGGGAGGCCUGUCGCUGACGGUCGGCGCCGCCGGCGGGGGCGGGCACUGGCCUCCGCCUCUGCACCACCAAUACCAGCCGCCGCCGCCGCCUCUGCAGCAGCAGCAGCAGCAGCAGCAGAGGCUGCACGGCUGGGGCAACGUCGUCCCCGGCACGAGCUGGCAGCCGCCUCAGCCGCCGCCGCACCACCAGGCGGGGCCGCCGCCGAACAACGCUGCCGCCGCCGCCGCAGCAGCUGCAGCAUCAUCACGAUUCCCACCCUACAUCGCCGCGCAGGCGCAGAGCUGGCUCCAGAAGAACGGCUUCCACUCCCUGGCCCGACCCACCUAGCUUGCCAGAGAGACCAUCAAGACCAGCUCCACCGCGCGCCGCGUUCAUCCAUCAUCCAUGGCGAAGAUCGACCGACAGGUGUGUGUGUGUGUGUGUUCCACUGAAGCAGGCGAGAUCACGGAGGAACCACAACCAUGCAUGCAUUACCACCACAACUGAACCGAAACCGAAACUGAAACUGGAUGCUAGUAUUCUUUUUCCAUUUCUUGUUAUUUUUUCUUGAUUGAGUGAGAUGGAUUUGAGAGGACGGAUGGAUGUGGUCAUGUAAAUGCGGAGUUCCCCAAGAAGACGAUCGAGAUUGGUUCUACUCUAGCUUCUAGUAGCUCUAGCUAGCUUUCAACUCAA